UGACUGAGCUGCUUCUUCGCUCUGAGCCUCCCUCCCUCUCCCUGGCUCCUCCCCCCUUAAGCACCCCCAUCCAUCGGAUGCCAACCUGACCCCCCUUUCCCCUCCCAGCUUGCAGCCUGGCUCCUCUGCUUCCGUGGCACCUGCAGAGAUCUUCUCUGCCCGGCAGCAGCAACAGCAGCAGCACAAGCAGAGGCUCUCUUCCCUUCCCCUGCUGCUGUCUCUUUAAGGGCUCCUGUCUGACAGCUGCUCACCCUCCCUCCCUGUUUCCCUGGGCUCCCUCUCCCUCCCUCCCUCCCUCCCUCUCUGUCUGUCUGUCUGUCACAGCAGCUCUGCUUGGGACCAACCCGGGUCCCUCCUCUCUCUCUCCAUCCUCCCCAUCCUGGCCCAACCCUUGGGGACCACCAUGAGCCUGCCUCCUGGGGACCGACCGGAGGGUCCCCCCCAGCCCCGCUGACCCCCCUCCUCCUCGCUGCCCCUCUCCUGCUGCCCCCUCUUCCCUCCCUCCCUCCCUCCCUUCCUCCCUCCCUCCCCUCCAUCCAUCCCUCCCCUCCAUCCCUUCCUUCCAUCCCUUCCUUCCCUGCCCGCAAUGUUCCGGGCCUUGAUAGCGGGAGGCAUUGUCUUCCCAGGCCUCUUCUUGCUCUCCAAGCACGGCCUCAAGUGGCUGCCGGGGCUAAGAUGGGAGGAGGCCGACGCCGUCAUCGUCUCCGCCAGACUUGUUUCUUCAGUCCAAGCCAUCAUGGCCUCCACGGUCGGCUACAUCGUCUCCUCAUCCUGCAAGCACAUUAUCAACGACCAGCACUGGCUGACCUCCAGCUAUACCCAGUUUGCCAUUCCCUACUUCAUCUACGACAUCUACGCCAUGUUCCUGUGCCACUGGCACAAGUACCGAGUCAAAGGGCACGAGACCAGCUCGGGAGGGACACGGACGCUGCGCACCGUCAUCCGUACCUACCUGCACAAAGAGUUCCUCAUGGUCGUCCACCAUCUUUUUAUGGUGCUGGUUUGCUUCCCUGUUUCCAUGCUGUGGCGCCAGGGCAAAGGCGAUUUCUUCCUGGGUUGUAUGUUGAUGGCUGAAGUCAGCACCCCUUUCGUCUGCCUCGGCAAAGUCCUCAUCCUGUAUAAACAACAACACACUCUUCUCCAUAAGGUGAAUGGGAUUAUCAUGUUGAUUACGUUCUUCUGCUGUCGAAUCCUGCUUUUUCCGUACAUGUACUGGGUCUAUGGGCAGUACGCCGGCUUGCCCUUGUAUCGCGUGCCCUUCUCCAUCCCAGCCGAGUACAACUUGGGGUCUGCCAUCCUCAUGGCUCCCCAGGUUUAUUGGUUUGGCCUCAUCUGCCGGGGAGCUUUCCGCGUAUUCCGUGCUCGGGGUGCCACCAAGGAACAGGUGUUGCGGAAUGGGCACAGACCAGAGACACAGGCGCUUGACUGAUGACUUCUUUCCCUCCGCCGCAAAUGGACAGACCACAUUUCCCCUUAACUUAUUUAUUUAUUGGGGUACGGGAGGGACUGGAUUGAUUGGGGAUGGGGAGGAGUAGGCUCCUAAGGCCAAAGGGAGAUUUGGGAGGGGCUGGAAAGGGAAGGGGGGGGUCUCCCACAACAGUAUUUGGAGGGCACAGAAAACCAAAAUCAAUCUCUAGGGUUUAGUGUGGGAUCCGUCUGCCAAAGGCAACCCUCUGAUUUUGCAUCACUUGUCAGUAUUUUUUGUUAAGGUUGCAGGGUUGGUUGGGGGGGGGGGGGGGGGGGAGAGUAAAGUCUCAAGCCAAAAGAAAAUAUAGGGAAUAUCUUUUUGGUUUUUUGGAGACACACACUGGCCAGUCAGGUACAGGAGACCUAAACACCUAGAACAGAAUAUGGUUGAAGUUAUUAUUUUUGGCCAGGGCUAUGAGAAGAGUUAUAAGAUUAAACAAGGGUGUCCCAAGAGUGUCAUGGGCUUUGCCAAACUGCUAUUUCUUGCCACGCAGUUACAGUAAUGACCCAGAAUAAUCCAAAUAUAUACCGAGCAAGGGGAAAAGCCUGCCAAUAUGGUAAAAGGUGAUUCCAUUACCUGGAGAAAGAAGGAACUGCAAAUGAUAGGGUGGCGGGGGAAAUCAGAUAAAGGCUGGCUUGUUUCCUCCCCUCUCCCUACAGUAUUAUCUAUCAAGCUGCAGUAUAGGGGAAAUAGAGAGGGGUUUGAAUACCCCCCCAUGCUCUUAUUAUUGGAAUUCUUAGGUUUUUUUAUUGGUAGUAUCAUUCAUUCUCAUAGGCUUGCCCAAUAAGGGAAAUACCCCCAGAACUUUUGGAUGCCGCUCAAUACAAAGGGAUCAUCAGUAUUACUGAAAUGUUACCCUCUCAGCACAUCCGCAAAGUGUAUUAAAAUAUUAUUCCUUUGCAUUGAGAA